AUGAUACCAAGCGUUAACGGUCAAUAUAAGACGUCCUCCUUAUCGAUUUCGGCCACGGCGGCCAAUCUCACUGAGAAUAGAAAACUGCGCGGAAGAUAUGAUAGUGCACAAGUGUGCGGCGCAGACACCAGUGCAUUCUCUCUUCACUCUCAAAUUUCCAUGGGACGACAGUUCGACACGACUGGGGAGCGAUCAGGCGCAGGACCGACGGCUAGUUACGUGCUCCGAGGCACGAGAGUGAAAUAUCGCCAACUCGGGGACUGUUAUUGGGAGUUUUUUAACAAAAGGGCUCAA